AUCUAGCCCGCUAGCCAAAUAGGUUAUUCUCUGCACAAGGAUCUAGGCUAGCAGGCCGCGCACUCAGUCCAGACAAGCCUGCUAUGCGGGCCGGUGGCAGGGGUCGCUGUAAACGGACUUGACAAAUGCAUUCAUUGCAAAGAGUACUUUAGGACUUACGUAGCACUGGAAACAGGUAGCAGCCUUCACGUACUGGAAAUUCCCACCGCCCGGCUGGGUUCGCUGCGCAAGUAUUGUCCCUACUGCGUUGCCUACGAACUGAUAAACCUUAAUUGGCAUUAGGGUCAUCGCAGCCACUGGCACGCCCGCAGCGCUCGAGUUGUCAUCGAGGUGCACUCGCGGCCAGGGUAGCCGGAAGCACAGCCGGCCCGCACAUACUUGACAACCUCGGUGCAACGGCGUAAAGUCUACACCGCAACAUGGUGCAUGUGCCAUUUUUCGGCAUCGACCUGCCGGAGCCCCGGCUCGCGGCGGUCAUGCCCGACGCCGUGUACGCGCUGGUGCAGGGCACUCACAAGCUGGGCGAGUACGCGCACGACCUGGUCUUCCCGCCCACCCCCGAGGAUCUGCGCAAGCUGGAGCAGCAGGUGAACGCCACGAUACCGCGCGAGUUUGACCGCGUGCGGCAGCGCUACGCGGAGGGCAAGAUAGCCAACGACGAGCAGCUGUCCAGCGAGCUGGAGGACGCGUCCUUCAACUGGUACCGCCGGCAGCUGCGCACCAGCGUGGUGGGCGCCACGGACGAGGAGCUGGAGGAUGUGGCGGUUCGCAAGCUGCGGCUGGAGCCGCCGGCGCUGCAGGCCUCGCUGCAGGAGCGCGCGCUGGCGGCGGCGGUGACGGCGGCGGGCGGCGUGGACCUGGCGGCGGAGGUGGCGGACGCGGCGGCGCUGGCGGCGCUGGCGGAGCAGGAGGCGGAGACACGGCGGCUGCUGGCGGCGCGGCAGGCGCGGCUGGCGGACCUGCGCAAGCAGCUUCGGCCGGCGCACCGCCAGGCCAUUGGCACCAUCACCAACGCCAGCGCGGGCAUGCUGGUCGGCGUGCUGGUAGUCAAGUCGGUGCUGACGCUGGUGCGGCGGCUGUUCCGGAAGAAGCGGCCGGCGGGCGCCAAGGCGCCGGCGGGCGCGGCGGCGCGGCGGCAGGGCUCGGUGCAGAGCUCGGCGGCUCAGCUCCAGUCGCUGGCGGCGCCGGCGGCGCGGCAGCAGCAGCAGUCCGCGGCGGCGGCCCUCGCGUCGGCGCAGCAGGCGGCGAUGCGGCCGCAGGCCGGCGCGUCGGCAUCGGCGGCGGCAGCAGCGAGCGGCAAGGCAGCAGCCAGCAAGGAGCAACCGAAGGCUGGAGCAGCGGCGGCUGCGGCAGACGCUGGGGCAAAGAAAACGAGGAUUGUGAAGAAGCGGUGAUGAGGGGUGGCGUGGCAGCGGUCUGCAAAUCGGCUUGUAAGAAGGACUAGAUAGUGCACGCGGCCUCAAGUGCUUCCGGAUGUCAUGCACAGAUUUCGUACAGAACCCUUAAACCUCGCAGGAGCUUUCGUGGGUGGCAUGCAAACUCCUGCAAUUGCCAGAGCUGUCAUGCGGAUCGUUGCAAGGCGCUGCUGUAUAGAUUAAAAUUGAGGUGGCUCAGUUGACAUGACUCUGCGGCGGCAGUUCAUAGGCGUCGCCGGGUAUGAACGUGAAUGCGACAUUACAAGAAGGGACAGGGCCGCCGGUAUGGUAGCCAGCCUACUGUGCGAAGGAUCGGUACGGUACGGUUUCGUAAGUGCGGCCUCCGGCCACCCUGCCACCUCUGUAGGCCUGACGGUCGACAGGCAGCCAUGCUUAGUGUGCAUACAUUUCUGCUUGAAUACUAAGAGGGUUUGGGAAGUCGGUUUGCCCGCGAGCAGCAAUUGCGGAUUCUUCCACCCGCACUCUCAGAGCCUUCGAUUACUUGGCUGCUGCGCUUAUGCGCUGGCAGCUCCACAGCAUCCCACCGUCAGGGCAGCCCUUCCCGUGUAGGCGUCAUGGGCAACCUGCGGACAAGCAUCAGCGGGGAUCCGGAAGAAUGAUGGGGAGGGGGCUGUGAUCAAAGAAACGGCGUGGAGGAUCCCGUCGUUCUCACGGUA